AUGUGCAGCAAGAAGGGCUACCUCUGGAUAUUCCCUGAGGAGUCUCAGUUCCGGAUUAUAAGUGGACAGCAAGUUAUGGCUAGCUUUGCUGAGAAUGGUCGCAGUGGGGAACAUUUUUUCUGCCCUUCGUGUGGUACAGGAAUCAUGGCGAAGAAUCAUAUGAUACAGGAGGGAGAAUCAAACAUUGCUGUGAAUGUGGGUGGUGAUUUUCUCAGCCAACCAAGUCUACGCCUAGACAGCCCUAGAGACAGUGAAUCAGUCUCCACGUUCCACGGACAGCUACCAAAGGCAUCAGGUAACAAGCUAAAGCUUUACACCGGAGGUUGUUACUGUGGUGCCGUUACUAUAGCCGUGAAGCUCAACCCUUUAUCAGAGGUGGAGAUUAAGGAAGAUAACUGCAGUAUUUGCCAGAGACGCAAAUUUAAUGGCCAUUGUUUUUGUCGAGUAUGUGGUGUACAUGUAUACAUGAAACUACAUGGACCACCCAAGACCAUUGUGGACAAUUUGCCAGCAGAAAAACAGAAAAUGGUGCAAGAGAAGCUUGCGAUUGUACCCGUCAGACUCUCUGUCCUGGACGGUGUCGAGUGGUCUGAUUGUAGUAUCAAGCAGUCGGAUGAAGGGACAGCAGGAUAUGCGAUAUAA